ACUCAGGAUAUUCUGGUCUCACCUGUUUCUCACAGUGCGGUUCACACAGACACUGCACAUUCGACUGUCCGCUCCACACAAAUCAACGCUUCAGAAAAAUCAUGAAGAACAUAAUUUUAAUCGUCUUUGGUGCGUUUUUCACCAUUGCAAAUGCUGAAUUUGCAUUGAAGCUGCUGCAGAACAACGUGUUGACCGGCAACUUCUCAAACUCGCUGAUCCUCAGCCUCCCACCCUGUUCUCUGGCCGGCAAGCAAGUAGACCUUCAAUACAACAGCACUGGAACUAAUGAUGCGAACACCCUGACGGAAAUAUUCAAAGUCCCAGGUUGUCGGUCCAAGAGGGGUCUCAUUUCAGUUACUGAGAACAACGGCCAAGUCACCCUUAACAAAGAACUGGGAUACCAAGUGACGAAUCUCAGAAAUGGGACCGAAUACAGCUUUCAAUAUAUUGUGGAUCAAGACAAAAGCAGUGUUCUGACAGCUUCCACAAGGACAGCCACCAGCUACACCCAAAUCGAUGAAAGCCUGCCAGGACGCAGUGCUGCCAUGAUCAUCAUCACAGUCCUGCUGUCGGUGGCCAUGCUUCUCCUGAUUGUGGGUCUCAUCGUAUCCAUACUCAUCGGAAACACUGAGGAUUGAGAGACAUCACAUCAUGCGAUGCAUUUUAUUUUGAUUAUUGCUUUGGGUUUUUAGAAAACUGCAUUGGCCAAUACAUUUCAUUAAAUUGAAAACUUUUCCUUUUAGUAUCAUUUGAGGUUACUGAGGUUUUCUUUUUGGUCCUAUCAUUCCUUUCCUUCAAAAUAUACUGAAAAAGAACCACAAUGGAUCCAGGUGGAAAGUACUAGCAUUUACAACAAAGCUUUGUAUGUGUGUAUUUGGUAGCCUAAUGCUCAUUCUAAAGUUGUUUAGAUGGAGUUGCAUAUUGAAUGCAAGUUGACAGCUCAUGCUUAUUCCAGGAGCAAAGUGCUUAAUCUAAAUUUCUUCAGCAGCUAAAAGCGGAUAAUUAUAUGCAGAGCGUAAGCUCUUUAUUUCCUUGUAUAUUAGUGCCUACAAAUUCUGCCAUGAAUGCAUAUAGUGAAUGCAAUGUUAAUGCUCUUUGUCACCUAAUAACAAUUACAUGGAGCAUGGGCUAUGGAAAAACCUGGAAAUGCAUUUCAAAAUAAAGUUUCUUUCUGCGUUU